CAGGUGGUGUAAAGCCAUAACACAUACGUUUUUCCAGUAUCAGACUUUGAUUGAUAAUGUCAAAGGCCACACUGAAGUCUAACAAAACAGCUCCCACAAUCUUUUUAUCAUGAUUUUCACUCAGCCAAUCAUCAACCAUUUUUGUAAGCGUCGUACAUGUUCAAUGUCCACCUCUAUAAGCAUGCUGAAAGUCUGUUGUCAAUUUGUUAACUGUAAAAUUGCAUUGUAUCUGGUCAAACACAACUCUAAAUGCUAUAAAGUAUUUGAGGUGCUACUUGGUCUAGCUUAGUUUGCACUUUUGGGAUUAUUCCAUUAAUUGCUUUAAUGUACCAGGUAAACUAAGUCAACCACAGCUCUUUAACAGUACAUACUGUCGGUGUGUGUUGUUGUUGUUCCAGGGGUGGAUGCUGCCUCGGGGGUGGUGAACACUACAGAGGAGGAGGUGGAAGGGGUGGACUCCCAGUCACCAUGCCCAGCCGGGUGGCAUCAGAAUGAGCAUCGCUGCUUCUCCUUCUACCCCGUCUGGGCCACCUGGGCCACUGCAGAGUCGUACUGCUCCCAGCACAGAGGGAACUUGGUGUCGGUUCACAGCCCUGGUCAACAGAUGUUUGUCCAGGAUCUGGUCAGGAGACACACAUACCAGCCGGUCUGGAUAGGAGGCUACGACGCAGCUCAGGAGGGGAUGUGGCUGUGGAGUGACGGCUCAGCUGUUGACGAUGUUUACUGGGAGGAGGAUGAGCCCAGUAACUCUGGACAGGGGGAGAACUGUAUGGAGCUACACACUGGAGGUGGGCAGGGCUGGAAUGAUGUGUCCUGUGGAGAGCUGAGGUUCUAUGUGUGUUCUAUGGAGACAAGAUCUGGUUUAGCAGCAUUACCAAGUCAGAAAAAAGCACAUGAGAGAGAGCUGGUUGAAGAGGUGAGUAUUUAUGACGUCCUGUGGGAGACCAGUGAGAGAGUAGCAGAUGAGACCCUCGACACCGCCUUCCUCAGAUGGAUGUAUUCCAGACGUCUGCCUGCCCACUGCUAUGCUGACUUCUGCCACCAGGAGCUGCUAUACCUGGACAGAGUCAUCACCAUGCUGCAGGUGCUGAUCAGAACAGUCCAGGGUCCUCCAGACAUCAUGCAGUUUCUCCAGAGAACACAUCAACGCUACCAGGAGUCUCUGAAGGAGGCCCAGAACCAAACUCCACCACACCUGAACCUGUCCUCCAUCCAGCCCUCUGCAGCCGUGCGUCAGUACCUCCAGAGCUUCCAUGACAUUGUGAAUGAGGAGCCCAUCUACUGGCUGGUGUCUCUGCUGCCCAGAGCCCUGCUAAGACCUUUCCUGGCAAAGAACCUGCCCCUGGGAGAGAGGACCAGACCAGGCCCCAGGCCCUGCCUCUACCCCUGGCUAAGCCUCUUCCCCUGCCCCUGCUACCAGUGGGGGGGAGAGGACAUGAAGUCAGACCAGAGGAACCAGAAGGACGAGUCAGGGACAUAUUACAGGCCUCUACUGGAGAAGUACCAGGAUGUGAUAGAUGUCUAUAAGGCUGUCAACAUCUUCAGAGUCCAGAUGAUCAACGAGAAGGCUCUAUUCACCUCAAGUUGGUUUCCCACUGGUGACGAGGAGGAAGUGGAGGAUCAACCCAACCUGUGGUCUGUGGAGUCUGGACCUGACGUUAGCGUGAAGUUGUAGCAGUGCAGCUGUAGAAUACAGGGAGCUGUGUGUGUUUGGCUGUGUGUGUUGGCUUUCACACUGGGCAGGACUGUUCCUCUUGUCAGACAUAUUCCAAUAUGACUCUAUGUUUGAAACUUCUCCCAAACAACUACUGUUUAAACUGUAUUAAUGCAAUAACAGAAUGAAUGAACACAUCUAAUAAUUGUCAACAAAGGAGCUACAAUAAAA